CUCCGCGCCCCGUCGGCGCCCCGGCGCGCUCUCACUCCAGCGCUGAGCUUCGGCGACCAGCGCAGGUCCGACCCGCGCCGCAGCGGCCGGAGAUGCAGCCGGGCUCCGUGCUGUGCCUGCGCCUGUGGCUCUGCCUCGGACUCCUGGACGGUCUAGCAAGUGGCUACUCCAUGACCCCUCCAACCCUGAACAUCACAGAGGAGUCAUACAUCAUUGACACCGGGAACAGCCUAUCCAUAUCCUGCAGGGGGCAGCACCCCCUGGAGUGGGCCUGGCCAGGAGCCCAGGAGGUACUGACUGCAGGGGGAAAGGACAGCGAGGACACACAGGUUGUGCAAGACUGCGAGGGCACAGAAGCUAAGCCCUACUGCAAGGUGCUGCUGCUGGCCCAGGCUCACGCCAACAACACAGGCAGCUACCACUGCUACUACAAGUACAUCAAGGCCCGCAUUGAGGGCACCACAGCUGCCAGCACCUAUGUGUUUGUGAGAGACUUUGAACAGCCCUUCAUCAACAAACCUGACACGCUCCUGGUCAACAGGAAGGAUGCCAUGUGGGUGCCCUGCCUGGUGUCCAUCCCUGGCCUCAACAUCACACUGCGCUCGCAAAGCUCAGUGCUGCAGCCCGAUGGACAAGAGGUGCUGUGGGAUGACCGCCGGGGCAUGCGGGUGCCUACGCCACUGCUGCGCGACGCCCUGUACCUGCAGUGUGAGACCACCUGGGGCGACCAGAACUUUCUUUCCAGUCCCUUCCUCGUACACAUCACAGGCAAUGAGCUCUAUGACAUCCAGCUGUUCCCCAAGAAGUCACUGGAGCUGUUGGUUGGAGAGAAGCUGGUCUUGAACUGCACAGUAUGGGCUGAGUUCAACUCAGGUGUCACCUUUGACUGGGACUACCCAGGGAAGCAGGCAGAGCGGGGUAAGUGGGUACCUGAGCGGCGUUCCCAGCAGACUCACACAGAGCUCUCCAGCAUCCUGACCAUCCACAAUGUCAGCCAGCAAGACCUGGGCCCGUACGUGUGUGAGGCCAACAAUGGCAUUCAACGAUUCCGGGAAAGCACUGAGGUCAUCGUACACGAAAAGCCCUUCAUCAGUGUCGAGUGGCUCAAAGGACCUGUCCUGGAGGCCACAGCCGGUGACGAGCUGGUGAAGCUGCCUGUGAAGCUGGCAGCAUACCCCCCGCCUGAAUUCCAAUGGUACAAGGACAAAAAGGCAGUGACCGGACGCCACAACCCACAUGCCCUGGUGCUCAAAGAUGUGACUGAGGCCAGCGCUGGCAUCUACACCCUCACCCUCUGGAACUCUGCAGCUGGUCUGAGACGCAACAUUAGCCUGGAGCUGGUGGUGAAUGUGCCCCCCCACAUCCACGAGAAGGAGGCCUCCUCCCCCAGUAUCUACUCCCGCCACAGCCGCCAGGCCCUCACCUGCACUGCCUACGGGGUGCCCCCACCUCUCAGUGUCCAGUGGCACUGGCGGCCCUGGACACCCUGCAAGACCUUUACCCAGCGCAGCCUCCGGAGGCGCCAGCAGCGAGAUCGCAUGCCACAGUGCCGAGACUGGAGGGAGGUGACUACACAGGACGCUGUGAACCCCAUUGAGAGCCUGGACACCUGGACUGAGUUUGUGGAGGGGAAGAAUAAGACGGUGAGCAAGCUGGUGAUUCAGGAUGCCAAUGUGUCAGCCAUGUACAAGUGUGUGGUCUUCAACAAGGUGGGCCAGGAUGAGCGCCUCAUCUACUUCUAUGUGACCACCAUCCCCGACGGCUUCAGUAUCGAAUCAGAACCUUCGGAGGAUCCCUUAGAAGGCCAGUCCGUGCGCCUCAGCUGCCGGGCGGACAACUACACAUACGAGCAUCUACGCUGGUACCGGCUCAACCUAUCCACGCUGCACGAUGCUCAUGGGAACCCGCUGUUGCUGGACUGCAAGAACGUGCACCUGUUCGCCACGCCCCUAGCGGCCAGCCUAGAGGAGGCGGAGCCCGGGGCGCGCCACGCCACCCUCAGCCUGAAUAUCCCCCGAGUGGCACCCGAGCAUGAGGGCGACUAUGUGUGCGAGGUGCAGGACCGGCGUAGCCAAGACAAGCACUGUCACAAGAAAUACCUGUCUGUGCAGGCCCUGGAAGCCCCACGGCUCACGCAGAACUUGACCGACCUCCUGGUGAACGUGAGCGACUCACUGGAGAUGCGGUGUCCUGUGGCCGGAGCGCAUGUGCCCAGCAUUGUGUGGUACAAGGACGAAAGACUGCUGGAGAAAGAGUCAGGAAUCGACCUGGCAGACUCGAACCAGAGGCUGAGCAUCCAGCGCGUGCGCGAGGAGGAUGCCGGCCGCUAUCUAUGCAGCGUCUGCAACGCUAAGGGCUGCGUGAACUCCUCGGCCAGCGUGGCGGUGGAAGGCUCAGAGGAUAAAGGCAACAUGGAGAUUGUGAUUCUCAUUGGCACUGGCGUCAUCGCUGUCUUCUUCUGGGUCCUCCUCCUCCUCAUCUUCUGUAACAUGAGAAGGCCCACCCAUGCAGACAUCAAGACUGGCUACUUGUCCAUCAUCAUGGACCCCGGGGAGGUGCCUUUGGAGGAGCAGUGUGAAUACCUGUCCUAUGAUGCCAGCCAAUGGGAGUUCCCCAGGGAACGGCUGCACCUCGGGAGAGUCUUAGGUCACGGGGCUUUCGGGAAGGUCGUGGAAGCCUCAGCCUUUGGCAUCAACAAAGGCAGCAGCUGUGACACCGUGGCCGUGAAAAUGCUGAAAGAGGGCGCCACGGCCAGCGAGCACCGUGCCUUGAUGUCGGAGCUCAAGAUCCUAAUCCACAUUGGUAACCACCUCAAUGUGGUCAACCUCCUAGGGGCGUGCACCAAGCCCAAUGGCCCCCUCAUGGUGAUUGUGGAGUUCUGCAAGUAUGGCAACCUCUCCAACUUCUUGCGCGCCAAGCGGGAGGCCUUCAACCCCUACGCAGAGAAGUCUCCAGAGCAACGAAGGCGCUUCCGCGCAAUGGUGGAAGGCGCCAAGGCUGACCGGCGGAGACCUGGGAGCAGCGACAGGGCUCUACUCACCAGGCUCCUGAUGGGCAGGGGAGGGGUGCGGCGGGCGCCUCUAGUCCAAGAAGUUGAAGACCUAUGGCUGAGCCCACUGACCAUGGAAGACCUUGUCUGCUACAGCUUCCAAGUGGCCCGGGGAAUGGAGUUCCUGGCCUCCCGGAAGUGCAUUCACAGAGACCUGGCCGCUCGGAACAUCUUACUGUCAGAAAGUGACAUAGUGAAGAUCUGUGACUUUGGUCUCGCUCGGGACAUCUACAAAGAUCCUGACUAUGUCCGAAAGGGCAGCGCCCGACUGCCUCUGAAGUGGAUGGCCCCUGAGAGCAUCUUUGACAAAGUGUACACCACACAGAGUGAUGUGUGGUCCUUCGGAGUGCUGCUCUGGGAGAUCUUCUCCUUGGGGGCUUCCCCAUACCCUGGGGUGCAGAUUAAUGAGGAGUUCUGCCAGCGGCUGAAGGAUGGCACACGGAUGAGGGCCCCGGAGCUGGCCACUCCAGCCAUACGCCACAUCAUGCAGAGCUGUUGGUCUGGAGAUCCCAAAGCAAGGCCUGCCUUCUCCGAUCUGGUGGAGAUCCUGGGGGACCUGCUCCAGGGCCGACAGGAGGAAGAGGAGGAGUGUAUGGCCCUGCACAGCUCUCAGAGCUCGGAGGAAGGUGGCUUCAUGCAGACAUCCACCACAGCUCUACACAUCACUGAAGCUGACACUGAGGACAGUCCCCCCAGUGUGCAUCGCCACAGCCUGGCAGCCAGAUAUUACAAUUGUGUAUCCUUUCCCGGGUGCCUGACCAGAGGAACUCAGACACAGGGUUCUUCUAGGAUGAAGACAUUUGAAGAAUUCCCCAUGACUCCUACGACCUACAAAGCCUCUGUGGAUAACCAGACGGACAGUGGCAUGGUGCUGGCCUCAGAGGAGUUUGAGCAGAUAGAAAGCAGGCAUAGACAAGAAGGUGGCUUCAGCUUUAAAGGACCUGACCAGGAUAUGGAUGUGACCAGAGCACACCCUGACCCCCAGGGGAGACGUAGGCGGCCCACCCAGGGGGCACAAGGAGGCAAGGUGUUUUACAACAGUGAAUAUGGGGAGCUCUCCCAGCCAUGCAAGGAAGGUGACUGCUCCCUGUCUGCUGGCUCACCCUUCUUCACAGACAGCGGUUACUGAAGCAACAGUGGGCAAGAGCCCCUGCCCCUUGUCGAACUAGGGCUCUGACAACUGAGCUGGAAGGACAUCCCUGGCAGGGCCAGCACAGAGCUGGAGGCUCACGCUGGAAGUUCAUUCAUCCCCUCUAGCUCCAGCCCUGGAAGCAUUUCCUCUCCUCUCUCCACCAUGCAGGCACCCUUUCCCACCCUCACAUUUAGUUGCCAUGUAGCUCAGCCCUUACCAGUGCUGGCCCUGGGCUGAGCACUCCCAAAGAGAAUGGCUCACCAGUGCCUCUUUACAUCGCCGUGGGUGGGUGACAGGGUCCCCAUUUUCUGAUGAGGAAUGCAUGUGUCUGACAGUCACACAGUGGGUCAAGGUAGAGACCUGAGCCACCAUGUCCCACCCUCCUCCCACCCUAAACGUGAUAGCAUCCACAUCCCGUUUUCUUCCGGUUUUCUUCACCUGCCCCCAAGGGGCUGGAGAGAGAAGGCCACAUUUCCAUCCAAAGCAACAAAGGAAGAAUCGAGGAGGGGUCCUCUCCCAAGUCCUACUAAACACCUAUCCCUCAGGGGCAGCUGUUUGUACAUGAUGAGACGACCAAUUGCAAAGAACGAAGCAAAGCCCCCACCCUGAGUGUUAAGACGGACCAUCCUACAGAUGCUUUAUAUUAGAACCUCAGAAGCUGCUGUGAAGAAUUUCCUCUUCAAAGAUUCUGUGUAAUGGAAGCUCAAGGACAGCCUUUUCUGGAUCUAGACCAUUCUUGCCCCAUUUCCCAACCAACUCAACACAUACCAGUCACCACCUGUCUCUCUCCAGAAGGCUUCCAGGCACCACCCACCUGGCCUAGAAUCUGAGAAACCAGCUGAUGUUCUAGAUAGGGCUUGUUUGGUUCUUCCCUCUGGAGCCAGGAUCUGAUGGCGCUCGUGAGACAUGAGCUCUGUGAAUUCCACUGAGGAAGGCUUUGGGGCUGCCACAGAGAACCACAUUUCUCUCAACCAUCCCUGCACAUUCCCCAAGACCCUCAGUGGAACUGUCUGCCUGCCCUUUACCUGUUCCUGACACUGACACCUGGGCAAGUCAAGCUUUUGCCCUGAGAGACCCCUAACCCUCAGAGGUUGGAGCCUUUCUGCCCAGAACCCCCCAUCUCAGCUCACACUGCCCAACCAUCCCCACUAGAAGAAAGCCCCUCAUCUUGGUUAGUAACCUGGAAAUGAAUCCCGCCCACCCUCAGCCCCAUUCCAACAAGAACGCUUGCAGGACAGGCGACCAUGCAGCAAGCAGGGGCUUGCUCGGCAGACCUUCCCCACCAAGUAUAUUGUUACUCUACGAUAUGUUGAAUGCAUGUAUGACUGUAGUCUCCGUUGUCCCCGAUGGACCUCCUCCCUCUGCAUUAACCUGCCUGUGGGACUUGAAUCUCGGGCUCACCUGAGCAACAAAGGAAGAAUCAAGGAGGGGUCCUCUCCCAAGUCCUACUAAACACCUAUCCCUCGGGGGCGGCUGUUUGUAUAUGAUGAGACGACCAAUUGCAAAGAACCAAGCAAAGCCCCCACCCUGAGUGUUAAGACGGACCAUCCUACAGAUGCUUUAUAUUAGAACUUCAGAAGCUGCUGGAAGUUCAGAAACUGUUCUCUCUCAGAGAACUAAAGGCUGUGAUGGGGGUACAGAGCCCCUUCCAACCUUCCCCCACGUGUGAACCACCGUUUGUGUCACCUCUCCUGUCUUGUAACUACAUAUACCAGGGAAGUAAACCUAUGCCCUUUCAAACUAUGUUUCUGAAAUGAUCUAAGAUAUUUAACGAAAGAUAAUAAUAAAUUUGAUGCCAGUCUUUGA